AUGUCCCUCUCCAAGUUGUCAUCACCUCUUUUCGAUCACAUCAUCCACUGGAUCUAUUCAUCCUCUCACUCUCAUCAACAACAACAACAUUCAAACAUUUCAAAUGUAAAAAUCUCAAACAUGGAGGAUUGGAUGAAUCACAUGUUCGGUUCCGAUCAUCGAAAUAUUGCUGCAUUUUCCAUCACCUUGUUGGGAUCUGUGUUAUCACUCGGAAUGUUGGAACAAAUUGGUCGAUUCACACCUGAAAAAUUAAGAAGAAAAUUAGUACAUAUAGGAAUGGGUCCAAUCUAUGUGUUGUUUUGGAAUUUAUUUGCAGGAGAAGACAUGGCUAGCAGGAUGUGGUGUGCCAGCAUUCCUGGAUUAUUUACUUUUUAUUUUGUUAUGGUUGGAUUGGGACUGGUAAGGAAUGACAAACUUGUGGCCACUCUGUCAAGAAGUGGUGACGCGAGGGAAAUUCUAAAGGGACCAACGUUUUAUGGUUUGUCCAUGGUGACAAGUACAUUGGCCUUCUGGAGACGGGAUGUUGCAUCUAUUGUGACCAUCAUGGUGUUGUGUGGUGGAGAUGGAUUUGCUGAUGUCAUUGGAAGAAGUUUUGGACAUUCCACUCGAUUUUCAAAUUCAAAAUCCUUAAUUGGUUCCAUUGGAAUGUUUUUCGGUGGAUUUCUUUUCAGUUCCUUGUACUUGUAUUAUUUUGAAAAGAGUGGAAAUUAUGGAGAGUUCUCGACACUGUCCCAUCUGCCUCAUUUGGCCCUCAUUAAUUUAGCCUGUACGGUGGUGGAGAGUUUGACCUACGAUCGUAGCAAUACUAAGAACCCAGAGAACGCAAAGAACAAAUCAAAAGCAUCAUCAUCACCACCACUUUGGGGUUACAUCUUUGGAGAGGACAACAUUAUUGUUUCUUUGACAGCUUCCUUACUUUCCAAAUUAAUUCUCUGA